AUGACAUUGUACGAGGAACUGAGCCUCAAUCUCACUCGCCCACGCCUAUCACCAGCCUCGUCACGCAGCCACAUCUCACAUCACUACCCUAAAUCUCGAAGAACCAUACGCCCCCUCGCCGUUAUUUCUGGCCAUCCUUCCAUCGCAAAGAGCCGAGGACAGUCCCCAAUUCAAUUCAACAAGCCAGAGCACACCAAGACAGAGACCAAGCCUAGUGGUUCAGGGGGCGCAUGGCCGCACCACCCAGCCGGUGUAACUCCUCAGCUGCUCAUUGCCAGCGACGAUCUCCGAGCUCUCGUUCUGUGGCACACGCUCUUCCAGGCAACGACCGACAGGCAAUUCACACACUUGGCCAACCAAGCCCUCCAACCGAACUGCAAAGAGAUGUUUCUGGUAUCAUCUCGCCGUUUCAAGGCAUCAUUUUCAGGAACCAGACCCCGGGCGACAACGGCGACCAAUAAGGAUAGCCGCGAUGUGAGCAACCCAGUAAUCCAAAAUCCAGCACCCCACCAAGCUCAAGAUCGAUUACUUGCGCGCAUCCCCGGCUCUCUGGAUUUAGAAGUCCCUUGCGUCUCGAACAUCAGCAACCCAGCCCAGUCUAGCUUUCACCUUCAAAAGUUCCGCGAAUAUCAGCCUCUGACUAAGGUUGCAACUCGUGCUGGGCGGCGUCAAGGAAGUGAGACAGAAGUGCCAUACUUUCCGCACCGGAACGUGUGUCUCCAAAGGUCAGCAAGUCUACCCACGCACAAAGUGGUGUGUCUUGCAUGCUUCAUGAGCAUUGGACAGUGA